AUGCGCGCCCAGACCGUAUUCCUCGUCGUUGCCGGCUCGCUGACCCUCGUACAAGCAAGCCUGCACGAUCGCCUGCGCAGCAAACGUGGCUUUUUGCAAUUCGGACCCGGGCCUGCGUUGGGGACAACACUCGCUCCGGUCAAUGGAGGCGGACCAGGACCGGCAAACCCGACCAAGGCCAGCCAUUUUGGACCCGGCGACAACGGCCAGUCGAUCUCUUUUGACGAUGCGGACAUCUCAGACAGUCAACUAGGUGGCCUGAUCACCGACGUCCCGCUCUUCCAGGUUCCGAGCGGAAAUGGCGCCCUAGCCCUCCCACCAGUCAACCAACAGGGCCCAGGACCAGCCCUUGGCACCACGCUUGAACCACUCGAGCACCCAAAUAUUGGAGGGGCCUACACCACCACCCUUGAGCCAGUCCGUUUCGGCGGCUCCGGCGGGGGCAUCCCAACGACAGCCGGCCACUUUGUCGGACCAGUCGGCGGCUUCCACCCGCGCCGAGGUCGCGGCGCUGGAGGACCCGGACCGGCGCUUGACACCACGCUCGCCCCAGUGCAAUUUGGCGGGCCUGGUCCGGCUCUGGGAACCACAGCGCCUCAGCAAAAAGUCGGCCCAGUCGGCAAA